UCCCAUUUCUAUCCAAACCGUUUGCAGAGAUAGUGCACUCACUGCGCUGAGAGCAGCGGUCACAAAUCAAGUCCGUCUCGGCAAGUCAAUUUUGUAUCUACGGUGGAUAUUACAAUCCAAGCCUUAGCUCUCUGCUGAAGAGACAGAAGAUGGACUCAGCCAUUAACAGCCACCUUGUGCAGAACCUGUCCAUUCUUCUGAGUGCUGGUUAUUCCAACGAGACCUGUCGCUUUGAUGAGGAGUUUAAGUACAUCCUACUGCCUGUUUCCUAUAGCCUGGUGUGUGUUCUGGGUCUGGUGCUGAACUCUGUGGCUCUGUGGAUGUUCCUGACCAAGAUGCGACCGUGGAACACCAGCACCGUCUACAUGUUCCACCUGGCCCUCUCAGACUUCCUGUACGUUCUCUCCCUUCCCACCCUCAUCUACUACUACGCUAACCGCAGCCACUGGCCCUUCGGCGUGGCCGCCUGCAAGAUCGUCCGCUUCUUGUUCUACGCCAACCUCUACAGCAGCAUCCUCUUCCUCACCUGCAUCAGCGUCCACCGCUACCUGGGCAUCUGCCACCCCAUCAAGGCCCUGACCAUGGUGAAGCCACGCCAUGCCCACGCCGUUUGUGGAAUGGUGUGGGCUGCUGUCACGGCGUGUCUGGUGCCCAACCUCAUCUUUGUCACCACCAGCCAGAGGGACAACGACACGAUGUGUCACGAUACGACCAAUCCCAAGCAGUUUGAGGAGUAUGUGGACUACAGCUCUGCGGUCAUGGUCCUGCUGUUCGGCGUCCCCUUCAUGGUUAUCAUGGUCUGCUACUGUAUGAUGGCACUGGCUCUGUGUCGGCCCAGACGGGGGCUCUCGUCCAGCCAGCAGAACUCACCCUCACGCACCAAGUCCAUCAAGCUAAUUGUGGUGGUGCUGGUGGUGUUCGCCGUGUGUUUUGUACCCUUCCAUAUCACACGUACCCUCUACUAUACCUACCGUGUACUGAAUGCCAAAUGUGAAUUCCUGAACAUCGUCAACUUUGCCUAUAAGAUCACCAGGCCUCUGGCCAGUGUGAACAGUUGUAUUGAUCCCCUCCUGUAUUUCCUGGCUGGGGAUCACUACCGCUCUAAGCUGGUCAAAGCUCUCACUGGAAAUAGACCGACAACCACCAGCCUCUCUGCUGCCUGCCUGAAAAAGCGCCCCAAAAAGAACCAUGAGAUUGCGCUGGUCUACAAGAACCCAGAGCCUAAAGCCAGCGUUGAACCUAUGAGAUAGUAGGUUAUACAUAUGGACAACUAUGGGGCAUCAUAUAGAUAUGCCUAACCUCCAUAAUAUAAACAGGAAGGAAACAGUUAAUAGCCCUAGGCUGGCCACUACACAGCUGUACUUUCUUUGGAUGCUGUUCUGUCAUUUCAGACACAGGAUGACUACUGUCCAGGGUGAACGAAGGGGCCUCUUGCCAGAGCUCAGACCUGAGUGAGAAAUUCAGUUCCUAUAAGGCUGUUCGGUCAAUGUCAUGUUAAAGAGAAUGAAGAAGUGGGAGUACGGUUGAGUUCAGAAAACAGUGGUGGAAAAGUACCCAAUUACCAUACUUGAGUGAAGUAAAAAUGAAAGUCACCCAGUAAAAUGCAACUUGAGUAAGUAAGUCUAAAAGCAUUUGGUUUUAAAAAUACUUAAGUAUCAAAAGUAAAUGUAAUUGCUAAAAUAUACUUAAGUAUCAAAAGUAAAACUAUACAUUAUUUCCAAUUCCUCAUAUUAAGCAAACCAGACGACAUCUUUUUCUUGCUUUUUUAUUUAUGUGUGUUUAGUGAGUCCGUCAGAUCAGAGGCAGUAGGGAUGACCAGGGAUGUUCUCUUGAUAAGUGCGUGAAUUGGACCAUUUCCCUGUCCUGCUAAGCAUUCAAAAUGUAAUGAGUACUUUUGGAUGUCAGGGAAAAUGUAUAGAGUAAAAAGUACAUUAUUUUCUUUAGGAAGUAAAAGUUGUCAAAAAUAUAAAUAGUAAAGUACAGAUGCCCCCAAAAAACGACUUAAGUAGUACUUUAAAGUUCCUUAUCACCACUAACACUUUAAACCAGUGUUGUAAGUAUGUAGUACCGUGAGACAUCUACAUUCCCCCUUGUUAGUAAGAAGCUAUGGCAGGUAGCCUAGUGGAUAAGAGUAACUGAAAGGUUGCUGGUUCAAAUCCCCGAGCCUACUAGGUGAAAAAUCUGUUGAGCAAGGCACUUAACCCUAAUUGCUACGAUAAGUUGCUCUGGAUAAGAGCUUCUGCAAAAAUGUAAAAGCCAAGUCUGUUUUAUACAUGUACUGUACAGUCUCUUCCUACUCUGAAUACUUGUCUAUUAAUUUAAUUCUGCCGGUUGCUGUGCUUGUAAGACAAGAGUUAAAAUCUUUUCAACCAGGGGAACAAAACAGUUUAUGUGCCUCUGUCUGAGCCAGACUGUCGUCUCAUAGAAUAAAAUCUUAACUGGUUUGCCUAGUUAAUUAAAGGUUAAAUAAAUAAAAUCAAAUAAAAAUAUUACCACAGACUGUUAUGCACAGUAGCUACAGGACUCUGAAGAGCAGGAGGAAAUGUAUGUCAUCUGUAAUCUGUUUGUUCAGAUUUGUGUUAUUAUGGUAGCACAUACUCAGAGAGAGGCUCUGUGGAUGGGUAUAACAGAUUGGAUUAUUAUGGAUUAUCGGUGAGUUACUGUGAUCAUCAAAGGCAUCUCUUCCUAUAACAUUUUUUAAAUAUGAUCCAAGGAGUUUGGCUGGUAAAAAUGUCUUCCUGUCACGCCCUGACCUUAGUUAUCUCUGUUUUUCUAUAUAUUUUGGUUAGGUCAGGGUGUGACUAGGGUGGGUACUCUAGUUUUUGUAUGUCUAGGGUUUUUGUAUGUCUAGGGUUUUUGUAUGUCUAGGUUUUUUUGUAUGUCUAUGUUGGCCUGAUAUGGUUCCCAAUCAGAGACAGCUGUUUAUCGUUGUCUCUGAUUGAGGAUCAUAUUUAGGUAGCCAUUUUCCUCAUUUGUGUUGUGGGAUCUUGUCUAUGUUUGGGUUGCCUUAGUGCACAUCAGUAGCGGCACAUUUCGGUAGGUAGGUCGGUAGGUAGGUAGGUCGGUAGGUAGGUAGGUCGGUAGGUCGGUCGGUCGGUCGGUCUGUUCAGUGAGUUUCAAUUUAUUAAAAUUAUGUGGAACUCUACUCACGCUGCGCCUUGGUCCAAUCCUUAUGGUUCCCAAUCAGAGGCAGCUGUUUAUCGUUGUCUCUGAUUGAGGAUCAUAUUUAGGUAGCCAUUUUCCUCAUUUGUGUUGUGGGAUCUUGUCUAUGUUUGGGUUGCCUUAGUGCACAUCAGUAGCGGCACAUUUCGGUAGGUAGGUCGGUCGGUCUGUUCAGUGAGUUUCAAUUUAUUAAAAUUAUGUGGAACUCUACUCACGCUGCGCCUUGGUCCAAUCCUUACAACGAUUGUGACACUUCCAGUCAGAGUGGAGGUGACGUUACAAUAAUCAAAAAAACUCAAAGGUUGAGGCAAGCUGAAACAGUUCAACAGAAACAGUGUGUGUUAUCCAGAAAAUGUGUGGUAGCUAAAGCACUAGUCCUCUCCCAGCUGUUUGUGUCCUUCAGCACAGUCCCCACAGCUGUCUAUCUGUCUGUCUCUGCUGUGAGGAAACCAGGGGAGGGACUGAAUGGGUGUGUAGGCUGGAGUAUCAACUCCAUCCAACAACCCACACUUUGGAUAAAGAGGAGAUUUUCCUGCAUUACCCAAUUUGGAUUCAUUACUUGACCCAACAUGGUCUUUUUCCGCAUUAGUUUUGGUUGUUGUUGCUCUCAGAAAGACUGCCUUACUUUCCAUGUGAAAGCAGAUGUCUCUUUAAAGCAGAUUGCAGGUCAGAGGUUCAUUCCUAAGGGUAUUUGAAGUACUAUACUGCUGUACUUCAUAUUAAAGCUACUGGUCGUGUUUAUAAAAGGCGUUAUAACUCAGGUUCAAGGUAUGAUAGGAAGGCACAUGGUUCAAUAGGUUUAUAACAAUAUAAUGCCAUUAAAUCUAUUUUUAUAAAUCCA